ACAGGGGAUGACCAGAGACUGCGGACACAGCACAGGAGAUGACCAGAGACUGCGGACACAGCACAGGGGAUGACCAGAGACUGCGGACACAGCACAGGAGAUGACCAGAGACUGCGGACACAGCACAGGGGAUGACCAGAGACUGCGGACACAGCACAGGAGAUGACCAGAGACUGUGGACAUAGCACAGGAGAUGACCAGAGACUGCGGACAGUACAGGGGAUGACCAGAGACUGCGGACACAGCACAGGGGAUGACCAGAGACUGCGGACACAGUACAGGAGAUGACCAGAGACUGCCGACACAGUACAGG